CGCAUGCGCCAAGUACCGCCCCGCCUUGUCUCGGGACCGCCCCUCCUCCGAACCGGUUGCCCCGUGCGGAGCCGGAGGUCCCGGCGCUGCAGCCGCGGUGCUCGCCUCGCUGCUCCUCCUGGGCUUAGCCGGAUUAGGUGUGCCUUAGCUCUGGUCAGUGCCAUGAUCCGGCAGGAGCUCUCCACAUCCUACCAGGAGCUGAGUGAGGAGUUGGAUCAAGUGGUUGAGAACUCAGAUCAGGCGGACGAGCGGGAAAAGGCAACAGUCCGAGUCCAGGGUUCGGGAGUCUUACCAGCCCUAGACAGCGAGUCUGCCUCCAGUAGCAUCCUCUUCAGCAAGGCCUGCCUGAAGAACGUCUUCUCAGUCCUGCUUAUUUUCAUCUACCUGCUGCUCAUGGCCGUCGCUGUCUUCCUGGUCUACCAGACCAUCAUGGACUUUCGGGAGAAACUCAAGCACCCCGUCAUGUCGGUGUCUUACAAGCAAGUGGAUCGCUACGAUGCCCCAGGUAUCGCUCUGUACCCCGGUCAGGCCCAGCUGCUCAGCUGUAAGCAUCAUUACGAAGUCAUCCCCCCGCUGAGGAGCCCUGGCCAGCCCGGAGACAUGAACUGCACCACCCAGAGGAUCAACUACACGGACCCUUUUUCCAAUCAGACCCUGAAAUCCGCCCUGAUCGUGCGGGGGCCCCGGGAAGUGAAGAAGCGGGAGCUGGUCUUCCUGCAGUUCCGCCUGAACGAGAGCAGCGAGGACUUCAGCGCCAUCGAUUACCUCCUGUUCUCUUCUUUCCAGGAGUUCCUGCACAGCCCAGACAGGGUGGGCUUCAUGCAGGCCUGUGAGAGCGCCUAUUCCAGCUGGAAAUUUUCCGGGGGCUUCCGCACCUGGGUCAAGAUGUCCCUGGUGGAGACCAAGGAGGAAGACGGGCGGGAAGCAGUGGAGUUCCGGCAGGAGACAAGUGUGGUUAACUACAUUGACCAGAGGCCGGCAACCGAAAAAAGGGCUCAGUUGUUUUUUGUGGUCUUUGAAUGGAAAGAUCCUUUCAUCCAGAAAGUCCAAGAUAUAAUCACAGCCAAUCCCUGGAACACAAUCGCUCUUCUCUGUGGGGCCUUCUUGGCAUUAUUUAAAGCAGCAGAGUUUGCCAAACUGAGUGUGAAAUGGAUGAUCAAAAUUAGGAAGCGAUACCUUAGAAAAAGAGGUCAGGCAACGAACCACAUAAGCUGAAGUCGCCUUGUGUUGUUCGUAGAACUGCCCGUGUUAAUGGAAGCUCUGAUCACUUCCACUUUGAUACACCGAGCUACCAGUACUCUGCUCCCCCGAAGAAACGGGCCCCGCUGGGAGGAACAGCCUAAUGCAACAGAUCAACGGAUAACCUGAAAGUUAAUUUAAGUACUUAAAUUAUUGAACAUUGUUUGAACAUGACAUAUGCAUAGGGUUUGUGGAAGACGGAAUUAGAUAUAUAUCUGGUUUUCUGAAGGUUUGUAGAAGCUGCCUUUUUUUUUUUUUAUUUGAUGUGUAGUCAAACUGUAACAGGAUAAUUUAGGCCCUGCUGUUUACCUGAGGUUUUUUUCCCGAGGUUUUUUAAAGUGGAUGGAAGAGGGUGACUCUUCACAGGCAGCUUUGAAAACUGCUUGUACACAAAGAAAGGCAAAAACCCUUGUUUCUGGCAUUACCUACCGUUUACGUUGUCCAGCCUGACAAGCUCUCUCAUUUGUUCAGUGUUAAAUGAGACUUUAAGCUACUAGAAAUGAGUAAUUAGAUUUCCUGUGGACUGACUAGCCCCCUACCUGUCUGGUUAGUCUGUUGAUGCAGGUAUGAGAGUUUAGUGAUUAACACGCAGAAGCACUAGUACGUAUGUACAUAAUAGGUGCCUACUCAGUGUAUUUCGAUGAUUUCAUUAACAGGUAAAUAAAGUUAGGUUAAUACAAAGGA